UUGUCUUUUUUUUUUUUCCUUCGGCACGGCACGUCAGGCUGACAGCGGCGCUGCCGGACGCCGCGGGCACAGGGUCGCGCUCGCGCGUGCGUGGACGUCAUCGCUAUCCAGGGAGAAACCGGUCAAACGGACAGCGAUGCGAGCAGCACCUGAAAACGUAUAGGCAUCCGUUCGCAGAGCAUGACGUGGCGAGGCGUGGCGUCGCCAGUGUGGACGGGGGCAAAGCCGUUCUCACCAGCCGGCGGGUGUGAACCGGCGAGGAGUUCGAGAGGCGUCGGAAAAGAGAACACGAGCGCGAAGGAGACCAACGGCUGCUGCAUGCAAAAGCUGGCCCUGGCGACCCCUUCCACACCCACCAGCACCAACACGCGUAGCCGCGUAGGCGCACCCUUUAUCAACCCGCAGCUCGGCACGGCCGAUGGUGAACGAACGCUGCGUGCGGCAGGCCGGCGAGCGCACGAGCGAGCACAAUCACAAUCACAUCACGUCGUCUUCCACGGUGCGCGGCGGGAGCAUGCAACGGCAGCGCUUCGGGUCUGACGAAGGGCCGGGAAGAAACCCUGCCGAGGAGAGGAGGCUCAAGAGACCCGCGACCGAGUCCGAGGAGACCGGCGACGACGACGAACUGCCCCCGGGAACCAGGAGGAAGAUGAAGGACACGCAGCAGAAGACGAGGCCGAGCGGCAGCACCGCCGCCGGCGCAGGCGCAGGCACGGCGUCGUCGGCGUCCUCCGUCCGCGCCGUGCUGCAGGACUUCCUGGAGCAGCAGCAGCGCCUGGACGCGCAGCGGCAGGAGGCGGCGGCGCGGCACGCGCAGGAGCGGCUGGCCUUGGAGCAGCAGUGGCGGCAGGAGAUGCAGAGGCUGGAGCGGGAGCGGCUGAUGCUGGAGCAGGCGUGGCGGGAGCGCGAGGAGCAGAGGAGGAUGAGGGAGGAGGCCAGGGCCGAGAGGAGGGACGCGCUCCUCACCAACCUGCUCAACAAACUCUUGCGCGAUGACUUUUAGGGAGGGACACGUGGCUCCACGACGUGUGUGCCUAAUAAUAAUCAACAAAAUUUGUUACUUGUAGCAUAGGUCAUGGCUGUGGAUCAGCAGAAAUUCUUUGUUUGCUUUGUCGUUACCUGAUCAUAGAUUAAUCCGUAGGAAUGUUAAGCCAUUUUAGUAGUCUAUAUAUCUCAGUUGCAUACACAUGUAAUCACUAGCUAAGAUGCUGCCAAAUGCCCGGUGUGCCUGUUUCUGGAAGGGUAAAUGUUUUUUUCUGCCAGACAUCAUGGAACAAAUAUAUGUUUUUACAGAUUA